AUGCUUCACGUCCUAGCGUUUUUGCCUGUCGCGUUCGCUCUGGUCCGUGCAACUCCCCCGACGGUGCUCUUGGACAAGGCCCUCGUGGUUGGCACAACGAACGACUCGGUGACCAGUUUCUUUGGCAUUCCUUACGCGGAGCCGCCUGUGAACGACCUCCGACUCCGGCUCCCCAAGCCGAUUGCUGCGUACCAGGGGACCAUCAAUGCGACGGUCCCGGCCACUCAAUGCAUACAGCUCGUGCCGCCGCUCCGUAGCGACCUGCCUCUGGAGAUUCUUGAAGACCUGAUUGCUUACAUCACUGAGAUCCCGGCCACGACAGCCACCGCUCAGAGCGAAGAUUGUCUAUCAAUCAGCGUACAGGUGCCCGCCGGCACUAAACCUGGAGCGAACCUACCCAUACUGGCGUACAUAUAUGGCGGCGGUUUCACUACUGGUUCUACUGCAGCGAAUCCGGGGGAUGUGCUCAUUAGGAGAUCAAUUGAACUAGGCAAGCCGAUUAUCUUCGUGAACAUGAACUACCGGCUUGGUCCCUUCGCGUUCCUGGGAGGCAAAGAGAUCAAGGAAGCUGGCGUUGGCAACCUUGGUCUUCACGAUCAACGUCUCGCGUUGAAAUGGAUCCAGCAGCACAUUUCCGCCUUCGGCGGCGACCCCAAGAAAGUUACAAUUAACGGCCUGAGCGCAGGUGCAAUCUCGGUCGGGCUCCAAAUGGUCACAAAUGACGGAAACACCGAGGGGCUGUUCCGUGGCGGGAUCAUGCACGCCGGCUCGCCGCUGCCGACGGGCGACAUUGAGGCUUUGCAGCCCGCCUAUGACAUUGUCGUCGAGCAAGCUGGCUGCGCAGCGGCUGCAGACACCCUCGAAUGUUUGCGUCAAGUCCCUGCGGCCACUCUGCUGAACGCCGCUGCCGCUUUGCCUAACCUCUUCGACCUCCCGGGACUUGCUGAGGUUUGGGCCCCGCGUGCUGACGGAGUCUUCCUACAGGCGCCGCCGCAACACCUGGUGCUGGCAGGAAGCGUAGCGAACAUUCCCUUCAUCACAGGAGACGCUCUCGAUGAGGGCACCAUCUUCGCUACGGGCAGCUUCAACGUGACCACCGAGGCGGAAUUCCGUGACUUCGUCCAGCAGGAGUUCUUCCCUGACGCGCCGGCUGACGUCCUCGCGCCCAUCUUCGACCUGUACCCCAACGUCCCGGCGGAGGGAUCGCCGUUUGAAACCGGAGACGCAAAUGAGCUUGCGCCGGAGUUCAAGCGCAGCGCGGCCUUCCAAGGCGACGUCGUGUUCCAGGCACCGAGGCGGUUUUUCCUGGAUCAGCGAUCCCUGAAGCAGCCUACCUGGACGUACACAAGCAAGCGUGGCGCAGUGAAGGGCUUGGGCUGCCCCCACGGGAGCGAUGCCACCCCAGUCCUGACCCAAGGCAACGACCUCGCAGACUACGUGAUCCAGUUCGUGACCACGCUCGACCCGAACGGCGCGUCCAACCGCACGAUCCCGUGGCCGCGCUACGAUCCGCUCGAGCGGAGCAUGCUCACGCUGCUCCCGGGAGACACGCCGCUGGAGAUUGUACCGGACACGGCACGGCUCGAGGCUAUGGCUGGGCUGACCGGGCUGAGCAUCGCGUUCCCCCUGUGA